CCCUCUCUGACAAGGACAGUCACCUCAAAAAACUACAGAUGGUUGUAAAUCUCCAAAUGUAAAAUAGCUGUCAAAAAUCGAUGAAAACGUGAGGAUUAUUUAUUUCAAUUUUCAUUUUUUUUUUAAAGAAUAUGCAGUGAAAAUGAAUUUUUUUUUUAAAUAUCAGUGAAUAAUGUGAUUUUUGUUGGGGGUAAAAAUAAUGUUCGUGUAGAUGAAAACCGGUUCACAGAUAUCAAAAAUCUUUAAGCUAAAAUACUUCUUUUUAAAUUAAAAAAAAACUAUUAGAAAAAACUCUUUUAAAAUAGUUUUUAAAUUAAUACUUUAAUAUUUAAGUUAGUUACAAUUGUCAAUUUAAAGAAGAAUAAUGUCUAUAUGGCCGAAAGAUAAAUGCAUUUUGUUUGUGUCCACGUUUCAUAGAAUAUGCAUCUUAACUAACCUCAUUUCUUCGUGACCUCCUUUGUCUCACACAGAGAAUCCGGCUUAUUGAAUCAUAUUUUAAUAUGAUUUAUUUUUGUUUAAAUAAAUAAGACAUUUUUUUUGUCUCAAUUUUUCUAAAUUUUCAAUAAUCAUUGAAAAUAAUGAACAUUUAAACUUUAUUCUCAUGUGAAAUAAUUCUUAUAUAUAUAUACAUAUAUAUAUCGAUCCUAGUUUGAACUAUAUUGCAUUUUAUUGUGAAAAGAAAGCAUUAUUUUUUCGAAAAAAAAAAAAAAAUGACAGCUGUUAAUAAUUGGGAAAAUACAUGCAGACUUUGUUCUGAAGUGAAGACUGAAAUGCUCCCAAUUUUUGGUAUUGAAGGCAUACAACGAAAAGUAGCUCAGAAAUUACGAGCUUGUUUGCCUGUUCUCGUUUACAAGACUGAUCCUUUGCCGAAGCAAAUUUGCCAAUUUUGCGCCGCAAGGCUCGAUGAUGCUUUUGAAUUUCGUGAAUAUUGCUUAAAUGUUUAUAAAACAAUGCACACUAAACUUUUGGUACUUAAAAAUUUGGAGUCUGUACAAAUUUUUCUUAAUGCCAUGCAAAAUUCACCAGAUCCUUGUCAGGUACAAUUGUGUAAAGAAAAAUGUCGAGCACCACCACCUCCUUUAGUUCCAUUACCAGCAACACUGCCAAUAGAAAGUACAACUCCUUUAAUUAAUGCAUCUGAAUUAUUACAAUUGAAUCACAAUACAAGGGAACCACUUCCUGAAUUGCCGUGCGAAGUGCAAAUUAAAGAAGAACCUUUAGAUACAUUACAUCGAAAUGAUUCUGAUUUAUUGGAUAUAAAUAAAAGAAGUUUAUUAAUCUCAGGAAUGGGAAAAAGAACAAAUAUUUUUACAAAUGAUUAUGAAAAAUCAUAUGAUGAUGAUGAUGUCAAUGAUGAUGAUGAUGAUGAUAAUAAUGAGGAAAAUAUUGAUGAAAACGAUAAACCACGAACAAGUAUAUUGGAACAAGUACUCAAAGGCAAUAUAACAUUAAGUGAUCGUAAAGAAUUAAAAACAAAAUCAGGACUUAGCUCUAAAUGGUGGUGUGCGCCUUGUAAUAAUUAUUAUAGAACAAAGGAGGGUUUGAUAAAACAUAUGCAAGUGUUUUGCCCGCGAAGAUACACAUGCAGAAAGUGUUCUCGUGUUUUUUACACUGUUGAGGAUUUAGCAAAACACGAUGGCACUGAUCAUUUAAAAAUUACAUUAGAUUUCGAUGAAAUAGUUACCAAAUGCCAUCAAUGUGAUCGUGAAUUUGUUAGUUGGGAAAUGCUCAGGCAUCACAGACUUCGUGAUCAUGUUGCCGAAGAUAUUGACGUUGGAACAAGUACAUGGUGUCCACCUUGUAAUAGAUUUUUUCCUACAAUGGAAACUUAUCAAAAUCAUAUACAAUUACAUCAAUUGGAUACAAUGACAAGGCUACCAAUAAGUUCAUUACCUUCAGUUUCACAAGAAAAUCAUACACGAGAAAUUAGAAAAGAAAAUUUUAACGAUAGCGUUAAAUCAUUAGCUUGUCCCACAUGCGGCAAGGUUUGUACACAGCAAAGUGCAUUGUCAAAUCAUAUGCGAACGCACGAGCCAAAGAAACAUCAAUGCGAUAUUUGUGGAAGAUUUUUUGGUCUCUACAUAAGACUCGCAACGCACAAGAUGACUGAACAUAAUCAGGGAAUGAUGCCUGCAAUGACAAGUGUCGAACAGGAGGAAGCAUUAAAUGCCGAAAGAGAGGCAAGAGAAGCUAGAGAAGCUAGAUCACGUGGUAAAACAAGAUCUUACGAUGAGAUUAUGAUUGAAGAAAAUGACUGUUCAAUAAAUGAUAGACCAGUGAAACGAAAAGUUGUUCUUAAUUCAAGCACGAUUAAAAAUGCUGUACGUUGUGGUAUUUGUUUGCAAUGGUUUAAUAACCGCACAGAAAUGAUUGUUCAUUUACAAACGCACUCUGAUUCUUAUAAACCUAAAAGCUUUUGCUGUAAAAUGUGUACAAAAUCUUUUAAAGAAAAGUGGCAAUUAACUAGGCAUGAAGCUUCUCAUAAUCGUACAACUAUUACAACUUACACAUGUACAGUUUGUAAUGAAGUAUUUACAGACAAGUCAUCAUAUAAAACUCAUCAGGCGAAACAUUCAAUUGAAAAAACUUUUCACUGUGCAAAAUGUAAUAAAAUUUUCUUUAAAGAAUUUUCAUUAAUGACACAUCAGUGUAAUGUGAAACCAUUAUUUAAUAAGAAAAAUACAAUUCCAAAGAAUUUGCAAAGAAGUAAUAAUUCUGCCUUAUUUGGUGGUUCUAAAAAAUAUAAAUGCUCGAAAUGUAGUGCAACAUUUACCAAUUCACAAUCGAGAAAUUCUCAUAUGAGAGUACAUUCAGAAGCUCAUCUUAUGAAUCAAGUUCGUAAGGCAGCUUUGAAAAAAGAAGCAGGAAAAAUGCCAAAAUUAAGACCAGAAACCGGCGCUUGUACUUCUGUGCCUCGUAUCGAACAAAAUACAGAGGCCGUUGAUGUUAAUCCACCGGCACCAGUUAAAAGGACUCUCAUUAAAACAGCUGGCGGAUAUCGUUGCGGUGUGUGUCAAUCACCGUUCGUACUACGUGAAUUAGCUGUUGCACAUCUUCGUUCUGCUCAUCCAUUAAUGCCAUAUCAGUGUCCUUAUUGUAAAAAACGCUUCACAACACAGUACACGUUUACUCAUCACAUAAAAGCAGAUCAUCCCGAUGAAUCGGAAAAUUGAAAUAUAAUUUAAUAGUGUCACGUGCACUUUUUAUUCUAAUAAUAUAAAUAAAUAUGGCCUUACAACGCUUUUCUAUCGUUAAUAUCGAUAAAAGCAAAUUCUUAAGACCGGUAAAUGUAAAUAAAUAAUGAAGAAAAUAAAUCAUCGGUCAUUCAAUUUAUAUAAUGUUCCUAAGAGAAUUGAAUUUUACUGGAAAAUGCAGGUAAACAGAAUA